AUGACGGUGGACUACAGCAUGAUUGGCUACCAGUGCUUCCCAGAUAUGAAGUCCGAGGAAUUCAUUUCUAUGAUGAGCUCCCCCGACCUCGUAGGAGACCCACUCGUCCACACUCAACACCUCCUUGGUGCCGCUAGAUACGAGUGCCUGUCUGAGACUGAGAUCAAUGUCAUCCAUCAGAUACGCGCUGCGCACCAGCGCUACACGAAUCUUGAUCUCACUAGUGUCGCUUAUCGGGGCCACGGCCAUGGCGUCGUGAAACAUUCAUACAGGAAGAUUGAUGGAGCCUGGAAGCUUGGUGGAGUGCGCCCUGAGAUGUAUUGGGCUGAGCAUGAACUUGACAAGAUCUUCCCUCGACCAUCGGCAUCGGAUUGA